AUGGAUUCAAUCAAAAUUGAAUGGCAAAAAAAAUCAGCUAAUGAAGUUCAUAUUUUACCAAAUAGACAAUAUUUUAAAAAACAAUCGAUUCACAACUUAGAUAGUCAAGAGAUAAAACCUAAGAAAAAAAAAGUUCGUUUCAAUUUUCGUACACCUAGUGGUAAAGAACAAGCAUUUGAAAAUACAGAAAAUAGUCACUCAAGAAUAGAUCGAACACAAAAAUCAAGUUUCGUAGAUUAUGAUUAUACUUCAUCAUCAACACGUAUCUUCACUUCUGAAUUUCUAGAAACCGAUGGUAAAAAAAAUUGUAGUACACGAUCAAAGAUAAUUACAAUUAUUAUUUUAAUAUUCAUUAUUUUAACUAUAGCUAUUGUUGUUGGUGUAGUAGUUGGUGUUACCAAGUCUCAACAAAAUACAUCGGAAGCAACAACAAUAAAGAAUGGAACUACAUUUUCAGUAUCAACAACAACAACAACAGCCUUAGUCAGUAGUAUAAGUAUAGGAAAUCAAAGUGGACCACCUUGUUCAUCAUAUACAACAAUUAAUGAUCCAUCACGAAAUGUCGCUCAAGUAUCACUAUAUGGUCCGUGUGAUACAGGAUCACCAUUCAAUACGAGUAAUGGUGGUUCUUGGAUACGAUUUAUUGGUACUGGUGGUACUACACUUUCAUUAGUAGAACCUACUACGAGCCAGUGUGGCGGUUAUUCAGGAGGCUGGAUCAAUGGUACAUUACCAACAACAGUGGGGACUGUAGCUAACGCAACGGUAUGCUUCCGAAUAAAUAAAGUUUCUUGCUUAGUGAUCGUCUAUGUGUCAGUAAUUAACUGUGGUGGCUUCUUCGUUUACUUUUUACCACCGGUUCGUAUUUGCAAUGGACGCUAUUGCACAGCAUGA